AUGAAUCAGGUUUUCAGAUUUAGGGCCUAUUUAAGGAAGUUCGUGCUGGUUUUCUUUGACGACAUUUUAGUCUACAGUAAAGAUCUCCCUACGCAUGAACAACACUUGGAGAUGGUAUUUACCUCUCUGGCCGCCCAUCAGCUGUAUGCAAACGCGAAGAAAUGCAUCUUCGCCCAACGACAGAUAGAAUACUUAGGCCACUUGCUGUCGGCCGAAGGAGUGGCGACCGACCCAAACAAAAUAGAAGCAAUGGUGCAUUGGCCUACCCCCCGCAAUCUCAGAGAAUUAAGGGGCUUCUUAGGCUUGAUUGGCUACUACAGGAGAUUUGUGGCAGGUUAUGGGGCAAUAUCUUGGCUACUAACCCAACAACUUAAGAAGGACGCAUUUGGAUGGAAUGGAGAGGCAGAAACAGCAUUCCAGAAACUGAAAUAA